AUGCACGCACCACUAGACCGCCCACAUCCUGAUUGUCAGAUUGAGAUCAAGGCAUUGCUUGAUUGCCACAACGACAAUCCGUACGCAAAAUUUUUCGGCGCUUGUAAUGAUGUUAAAUCGGCAUUAGAUCAAUGUUUUAAAAAGGAAAAGAUUCGCAUACGCUCGGAAAACUUAAGGCAUGCUAAGGCAUCGGAUGCUUAUGUGAGGCGAAAAAUGCAAGAAAGACGCGACCGCGUUGCAGCCGAGGAGAAGGUUAGAUAA